AACAAAGCCCAGAAAAAAAAAUACAUCUCACAUUUAAAAUCGAAUUAUAUUCAUAACCAAUUCUCUUUUUGAGAAAUAUGUCCGCCGAUGUAAUCUGUUUUCUUUUCCUCCUCUCGGUGAUAUCAAUUUGACGGUGUUGUUUAUCUGUAGUAAGGGGAACUUGAAACCGCCCCUUGCCCCAUUUCCUCGGUUGUUUUUCUUCUUUCGCCUGUAUUCUCCAUGUUGUUGGAGCGAAAAGUGAGGUCUUCGCAGAGACAGGAAGGGGUCGUUCGGUUCCGAAAUAUACUAGCGAUAAAGUAAACCGAGACGCGCAGCCGAGGAAAACGCAAAGACGAAAACAUAUCCAAGCGCCCUGCCCCUCCCAGAAGAAGCAAGAAAUAAAGAAGCAUUGUUGGUGAUGAAUUGUAGCGUCUUCCAUAUCCAACAAAGCCACGGAUGACAGUUAUCAGGGCAAUCAUUUAGUAACUUGUCAAUAUAACCUAAUGAAGGCUGCUUAUCUCUGUUUGGGGAACGGAUUGGAUUUUGAGGGCUCUGUGCUUGUCAGAUGGAAAGUUCUAUCAUCACUCAAGUGCAAAAAGAAGACAUUCAAUUGUCACCGAAAACAGGCGAGGUGAGCAGAUCUUCUCUGAAGAAGCCUAGGAGCUGUAACAUCUUCAAAGCACUCUUCUGUUGCCUCAGAGGAGCACAGGAUGCCCGGAAUCCACCACCUCCUUCACAAGAUGCCUUGCUGGGGCCACAGGACAAUGGGGACGUUGUCAAGCUGUCAUCAGGGCCCAGCCUGCUGCCUGAGAUGACACCCCAGGACCAGGGGAAGAUAUGUGUGGUCAUAGACCUAGAUGAGACACUGGUGCAUAGCUCAUUCAAGUGUUCCUUCUCUCCUCAGCCUAUCAGUAAUGCAGAUUUCAUAGUGCCUGUGGAGAUUGAGGGGACCACACACCAGGUAUAUGUGCUGAAGAGGCCUUAUGUGGAUGAGUUUCUACAACGAAUGGGAGAGCUGUUUGAGUGUAUUCUGUUCACUGCUAGUCUUGCCAAGUAUGCAGAUCCAGUGACUGACCUGUUGGAUCAGUGCGGGGUAUUCCGGGCACGGUUGUUCCGGGAGUCCUGUGUGUUCCACCAGGGAUGCUAUGUCAAAGAUCUCAGCCUGCUGGGCCGAGAGCUCCAUAAGACCCUCAUCCUAGACAACUCUCCUGCCUCCUACAUCUUCCACCCAGAGAAUGCUGUUCCUGUGGUGUCCUGGUUUGAUGAUGUGGAAGAUGCUGAGCUGCUCCACCUGCUGCCUGUGUUUGAGGACCUGAGUCAGGCAGAGGAUGUCUACACCAGACUGGGGGAGCUACGAGCACCAUGAUGGAGGGACCCUGCUGAUGAGCACUUCAUGACAUUCUAACGCCUUUUCUCUGACUCUGAGUAUCUCUCUGUAUGUCAACCACUGUCUGAUAGUUCUGAGCGAGAACUACCAAAAUACUGUAGAGUACUACAGUCAUUCCAAAUGAAUAUGAAUAAAGUGGGGUUUUUUUCAAACCAGAAGCCUGCAUGGCCUGAUCUGACUCAGGACACUUGUAUCUUUGUGCCUUUUUCGUAAACAAACACAAAAAGCAAGCAGCUCAAACUAUUUUUAUUAGCAUUUUGUAAAAUAAAUAAAUAAUAAUCUUCCAAUCUCGCUAUGCAAUCCUCUUCUGUAAUCAUGAUAAACUUCAGUGCUACUUGUUAUACGGUUCACAGUCAAAUCCAGAAUGCCAACAGAAUGUAACCUUACAUGUUCCAUGAGAUAUGACCAGUUAGUAUAUGCUCACAUACUAGAUGUUAACUGAUACGUAUGUAAAUGUUUGUAUUAUUAACUGUAAAAUGGCCAACAAAGUAAAAUGCCACUCCAUUUAAGUACUGAAUAUAUUAGAAUAAAUAAAGUCUUCAUAAAGUUUGAGACUUUAUAUACAUUAUAUCAAUGUAUUUUUUUAAAAUACCAUUAAUAGCGUGCAUACAGUGAUGUUAUAAAGCUUUAAAAAGCUUCUUGAGUUGAUCAUUUGGGACCACAUUUUUAAAGAUGAAUUCCUUUAUGGUCACUUGAAUGCAGACAUACUGGAUGCAUGGCUACUCAGCAAAAGUAUAUUAUAUUGUCGCUCUUAGAAUAUUUGGUCCAGUCUAACACGUUUUUCUGUUUUUCUUGGAAUACUAAAUGACAAAAUUGCACUUGUUGUUUUAUAAGUAAGACUGUGCUAAAAAGUGACAACUGUACCUUUCAAAUUCAGUCAGAGACAUCAUGCACUGCCUGUGCAGAUAUAUGCACCCUAAUGCCAUGCUGGAUGUGGUCUAAUACUGUAUUAAAAAAAGGAUAUGUA